UCACAGCUUGAGAAAUGUAACCGCAAAGUCCGUUUCUGUUAUUUACUUGUCCGCGUUUUAGUCAGUAGUUUUUGACAAGAGUUAUCUUUCGUAACCUACUGGCAUGUGCGCAGUGCAAAAUUACUUUCAACUUCUUUCCUAGGCAUCUUCGUGGCCCCAUGGUCUUUUUACUAUAUGAAUAAAGACUAUCUGUGGAACCAUCGUUGACAUUAAUGCAGUCAAAACUCGGUGACAGAACAGUAAAAAGACCACGACCUAACCACAGCAGCGAUGUCGUUCAGAAGCGAGCAGGACAAGGGAGAGGACCAAGGCAGUCUAACCCAGGAACAAGGUCUAGAGGAAGUAGAAACAUCUGAAAGAAGAUUAAGAAAAUUGACUGAAAAAGGAGAAGAAUUGUUUGAAACAAAUAAAAAUAAAUAUGUAAACAAACUAUCACAAAUCAAAGAAAACAUCAAAGAAAUAAUUAGAUUACUGGCUGAAAAACCUGACGCGGAGAGAACUGUAAUACUUCAAUAUAGAUAUCAGCUAUCAGAAUUCAGAUCAGCAUAUGAGACCGAAUCAAAUAAGUACAUUCAGUUUUUAAUAAGCACAAAUACAGAGGACAGUUUGAGGGAGAAAGAAGCUGAGAUAAAGAUUCGCGGACACUUGGUAGACAAUGUUGAACAAGUUAUGGAAGAAAUAAAAUUCUCCAUCCAACAACAACGUUGGGAGAUAGAAUCCGCACGGUCUUCAGAUAGCCAUACUUCUAGUGUUAAAUCUAAUGUGAGUUCAAGACUAGCUAAGCAAAAAGCAAAAUCAGAAGCUGCAAAGGCAACAUUAGCAUUUAAGAAAAGACAAAUAGAAAUUAUUAAACAGAAAGCAGUGUUAGAGGAAGAACAAAUUAGAACCAGGGCAGCUGCUGAAAGAAGGAAAACAGAACUUGAAGCAGAUAUAGAACUGUUAGAUCAAGAGAAAGACGCCUUUGUGUCCAAAGUAGAGUAUGAUACUUAUAGAACUGAAAUUGAAAAAAAUGGCCCUAGUGAACAUAAUGCAACUUUUGUGAAGUUUCCGGUUAUGGACAAAACUGACCAGACAGAGAAAUAUGUUCAAGAACUUUCACGCGCCGAAACCCAUCAUCUAAAGCCGAAUGCGAUCGAUGCGAUCGACACAGAUAAGAUACCAGUGAAACAUGAAGUGAUAAAAAACAAUCAUACAGUUUUCAAUCCUAAUUCGCCUCCAUUUGUACCUGCAGGGCAAGAUUUGGCGAGAUAUCUGAUGAAAAAAGAUCUAAUGGUUCAAAGACUAAGCAAGUUUGAUGAUUGUCCCGAAAACUUUUCAGUGUGGAGAUCUACUUUCCGUUCUGUGGUUGAUGAACUAUGUCUCAAUCCCUCAGAAGAAUUCGAUCUUCUUCUGAAAUGGCUAGGACCAGAGUCGAGAAAAAGUGCCGUGAGUCUUCGCGCAGCAAACACUAAUGACCCCGCUAAAGGCAUAGAAAGACUUUGGUAUAGGUUGCAUGAAAGAUAUGGUUCACCAGAGAUGGUGGAGUUUGCUUUGAAGAAGAAAUUAGAGAAGUUUCCGAGGUUAGGCAACAGAGACAAUAAGAGAUUAUUUGAAUUGUCCGACAUUCUUUCAGAAAUAGAGUCGUGCAUGGAUGACCCAAGGUAUAGUGUGCUUCUCAGCUACUUCAACUCCUCAUCUGGCGUGUUGCCUAUUGUGACGAAGCUGCCGUACCACCUCCAAAGCAAGUGGAUGUCGCAAGCUACGAGAUAUAAAAAGGGGCAUGAUGUGACAUUUCCUCCUUUUUCCGUAUUCUGUGAGUUUGUCCGAGAAAUGAGUUCUAUGUUGAAUGACCCAGGGCUCGCAAUUUCUACAGAUACAAGAGACACCGGAGACAAAAAAGGUUUCAAGGCUAGCAGUGCUGUGGCAAGUGUUUCCAGGCAAGUCGCUGUGAAUGUUAGGAAGACCGAUGUUAAAGAAUCCGAGUCUACGCAGAAAUUUGUAUCUCCAGUGAACUGCCCAAUACACAACAUGAGACAUUCGCUAAACCAGUGUAGAACUUUCAAAAACAAGACUAUGGCAGACAGAAAGAAAUUCCUACGUGAAAAUAGAAUGUGUUAUAAAUGCUGUGAGACUGACACUCAUAUUUUUAAGAACUGCACAGCUUCAGUUAAAUGUGAAAUUUGUGGCAGUGAACGCCAUCCAGCUGCUCUUCAUCCUGAUGAACGCCAGGCAGAAAGAAACCAGUCACCCUACAAAGCUCAUGGCAGGGAGGCGCAGGAUGAACGCCAGGCCGAAAGAAACCAGGCACCCUACAAAGCUCAUGGCAGGGAGGCGCAUAAUGAACAGACUGAUAGUAAAAACAGGUUCCAGGAAAAGGCGGUGGCCUCAUUUUGCACAAAUAUUUGUGGCAAAGAGUUCGGAGGAAGAUCAUGUGCAAAAAUUGUACCAGUAAAGGUUUAUCCCGGGUCAGAAAAGGAAAAAGCAAGAAAAAUGUAUGCGAUUUUGGACGAUCAAAGUAAUAGAACACUUGCCAGACCUACCUUUUUUGAUGCUAUGGAAGUCUCUUCAGAACAAGCUGAGCCAUAUACCUUAGUAUCCUGUGCUGGAACAUACCAAACAGAAGGAAGAUAUGUGAAGGGAUUGACUGUUUCAGCCAUAGACGACAGUGUGGUGUUUCCAUUGCCUGACAUAUUAGAGUGCGACGAGAUUCCGAAUACCCGUUCUGAGAUCCCUUCGCCUGAGAUCUCAAGGUAUCACCGCCAUCUGAAAGAUGUAGCCAUUCCAGAUCUAGAUCCAGAAGCAGACAUACUUCUUCUGAUCGGCCGCGAUUUGCCAGAGGCACAUCACAUCCAUGACCAAAGAAUAGGUCCGAGAAGUUCCCCCUUCGCCCAGAAGCUAAGCUUAGGAUGGGUCAUCGUUGGCGAUGUGUGCGUGGGAAAAUCGCAUAAACCAGACAUAGUGAACGUAAUGAAAACGCGUGUACUCGAAGAUGGUCGUCCGACCAUAUUUCCCCAGUGUAAUUACAAGUUCGAAGUCAAAGAUCAUGACAGAAUCCCAAUAGAUGUUGACGCUAAUGUGUUUGCAACAACGAAGUACGACAACAAGCCAGGCCUGUCCACAGACGAUAAAGAAUUCCUGAAGAUCAUGGAUUCCGAAUUCAAGAAGAAUGAAGAUGGUCAUUGGUCUGCCCCGUUGCCAUUCAGAGAGCCACGCCCGAGACUGCCAAACAACAAGCCACAAGCGCUGAAGAGGGCUUUAGCUUUAGACAGCAACUUGAAGAGAGAUCCUAAAAAGAGACAACACUUUCAAGAGUUCAUGGAUCAAUUGUUUCAGAAUGGCCAUGCAGAGGUAGCUCGACCACUGGAAGAAAGUGAAGAAAGAUGGUACUUACCGGUAUUUGGGGUAUAUCACCCAAAGAAAAAGGAUCAGAUCCGAGCCGUGUUCGAUUCAUCAGCAAAGUUCGAAGGCUUGUCGUUAAACAAUGUACUUCUUAGCGGUCCAGACCUCGCAAACAGUCUAAUUGGUGUUCUGAUGCGGUUCAGAGAGAAGGCAGUAGCGAUCACAGGAGACAUCCAACAAAUGUUUUACCAAUUCCAUGUGCAUGAGAGCAACAGAAACUUCCUCAGAUUUCUGUGGUACAAAGAUAAUGACAUUGACAAAGAGCUGAUAGAGUACAGAAUGUGUGUCCACGUAUUUGGCAAUUCUCCAUCUCCUGCUGUUGCUACAUACGGCCUCAGAAAAAUUGCCCAGAUGACAGAGCAAUCUCAUGGCAGAGAUGUCAAAGAUUUCAUAGACAACAAUUUCUAUGUGGAUGAUGGUUUAGCCUCCUUGCCGUCUACUGAAGAAGCAGUCAGCUUAAUGAAAAGAACACAGGAAGCUCUAUCCACAGGAGGUAAAGUUAGACUCCACAAGAUAGCAUCCAACGACAAGAGGGUACUGAAUGCUUUUCCAGAAGAAGAUCUGGAGAAAAACUUAAAAACUUUAGACCUGUCAGAAGACAACUUGCCUACACAGAGAAGUCUUGGACUUAGUUGGGACUUGGAAAAUGACUGUUUUGUUUUCCAAGUCGCUGAUCAGAAGAAACCCCUGACGAAGAGAGGUGUAUUGUCGACAGUCAACAGUCUCUACGAUCCUCUCGGAUUCUUGGCACCAGUGACGCUUGGAGGAAGGCUGUUGCUUCGCAAAGUAACUGAUGAAGUUGAUGGCUGGGAUGAACCUCUACCAGAAAACUUGAAGACCAAAUGGGAAACUUGGGUACAAUCGCUGAGUGAGCUUACAACUGUUUCAAUUCCUAGAACAUAUUUCCGACCGGAAGUGUCGGGGCAAGCAGAAAGAGAACUUCAUGUGUUUUGCGAUGCAUCGGAAAAGGCCAUAGCUGCAGUCGCAUUCUUGAAAACGACAGAUGAAGCUGGCAAGAAACAUAUCGGGUUCGUCCUCGGCAAAUCUAAGGUUGCCCCAAAGCACGGUCACACAAUUCCACGCCUAGAGCUUUGCGCAGCAGUACUGGGAGUCACAGUAGCUGAAAUAGUCUCAGAAGAAUUGGCGUUGCCUAAUCAGGAAAUAAAGUACCAUACUGACAGCAAGGUUGUGCUCGGUUAUUUGCAGAACAAGAGUCGAAGAUUUUACAUAUAUGUUGAGAACAGAGUCAGCCGAAUUCUACAGUUUUCAACAUCGGACCAAUGGCACUACAUUGCUACCGAGAAGAAUCCAGCUGAUUACGGAACCAGGUUUCAGACUCCAAACAUGCUGCCAGGGUGUCCUUGGAUCACGGGACAAAGUGUGAAAGAUAUCUGCACUAAUGACCUACCCAGUGAACAGUUUUCAUUAGUGAAUCCAGAUAGCGACAAUGAAGUGAGACCCCAAGCUCAAGUGUGCAAAACUGUCAUUGAAGAAAGUACAAUGAUUGGAACCAAACGUUUUGAGAAGUUCUCAGAUUGGCAAAAGCUAGUAAAUGCCAUUUCUCUCCUUAUGCAUGUUGGAAAAGCCUUAAAAUCUAAAACUGCAGAAAGUUCCUGCCAAGGUUGGCACCUUUGUAAAUGGUAUAAAACAGUAAAAUCUCACAAUGAAGCCAAGAAUUUUAUCAUAAAGCAGUUUCAACAUGAAGCAUACAGUAAAGAGAUACUGUGUUUGAGAGACGGGAAACCACUACCACGGGAUAGCAGCAUCUCGACAUUGUCUCCUUACUUAGACGAAGAUGGCAUCUUGAGAGUCGGUGGAAGACUGAAGAAUGCAGACCUUCCUCAGCAUGAGAAGAAACCAGUUCUUAUACCGGGACAUUGCCACCUAGCAACAUUGCUUGUGCGACAUUAUCAUCAAACGGUAUUUCAUCAAGGCCGACACUUUACGGAAGGUGCGGUGAGGGCUGCGGGAUAUUGGAUCAUUGGUGGCAAAAGACUAAUCAAUUUCACCAUUCACAAGUGUGUAAAAUGCAGAAGGUUACGCGGACAGUUGUCACACCAGAUGAUGUCAGACUUACCCGCAGAUAGAGUUACCCCAUCGCCUCCUUUCAGUUUUGUGGGCAUCGAUGUCUUCGGUCCAUGGCAUAUAGUUACUCGUCAAACCAGAGGCGGUGCUGCAACAUCCAAACGGUGGGCAGUGUUGUUCAUAUGUCAGACAACUAGAGCAAUACAUUUGGAGCUCAUCGAAGAAAUGAGUAGUUCUUGCUUUAUCAAUGCUUUGAGAAGAUUUUCCGCAAUUAGAGGCAAGGUAAAGGAGUUCAGGUCCGAUCGCGGAACCAACUUUGUGGGCUCGACAGAUGAACUUAAAAUCGACGCCAUCUGUGUCGAAAAUGAUCCAGUGCAUCAGCAUUUGUACAACUCUGGGACUGUAUGGAGAUUCAAUACCCCACAUUCGUCACACAUGGGGGGUUCGUGGGAACGUUUGAUUGGAGUGACAAGGCGUGUAUUAGAUUCCGUUCUGAUGGACAAUAGAGGCAGGAAUCUUUCCCAUGAAAUACUCUCGACAUUCAUGGCUGAAGUCAUGGCGAUAGUCAACGCUCGUCCCCUGGUACCAGUGUCGUCAGACCCAGAUGCACCAUUUAUUCUUACUCCUGCGACACUUCUCACUCAGAAGACUGACAGUGCUGUAGAGUCAUUCAAACAUGUAGGAGUGAAAGAUGCCUACCGUGCCCAAUGGAAGCAUGUCCAGUUCCUUUCUGACAUUUUUUGGAGUCGGUGGCGAUGCGAGUAUCUACAGACGAUCCAGGAGCGACAGAAGUGGAAAUCCAGUGUAGUUAACAUUUGCAGCGGCGACGUCGUGCUACUUAGAGAUAAAACUGUUUCGCGUAAUGAAUGGCCUCUGGGCGUAGUGAUUCGUACAUUCCCAAGUGACGAUGGCUUAGUUCGUAAAACAGAAAUUCGCGUUGUGGUUGAUGGAAAACCAGUGAAUUAUAUCAGACCAGUAACUGAAAUUGUUAAGCUUCUGUGAACAU